UCAUAUCUGUGUGAGAAAGGCGUGACUCCCGGGAGCGCGCACGUUGCGGAGCCCGCGCGGAUUGCUGGCGCUGUGUGCACGCACGUCGGUCAGCUGCGGUUGCGCGGCCUCACGUCGGCCCCGACCGUGAGGUCCCGGAACCAUGUGGAAGCUGCUCCCUGUCGCGGGCCUGGCCCGAGACCCGUGAACUCUUCAGACUCUAAUGGAAGCUACGGGCCCAUUCCUCUAGAAAGAAAUAACCUUACAGGCUUUUGACUGGUGUUGAGUACAUUGUUGGAAGGAAAAACUGUGGCAUUCUAAUUGAAGAUGAUCAGUCAAUCAGUCGAAAUCAUGCUGUGUUAACUGCUAACUUUUCUGUGUCCAAACUGAGUCAAACGGAUGAAAUUCCUAUAUUGACAAUAAAAGAUAAUUCUAAGUAUGGUACCUUUGUUAAUGAGGAAAAAAUGCAGAAUGGCCUUACCUUAACUUUGAAGACAGGGGAUAGAGUUACUUUUGGAGUGUUUGAAAGUAAAUUCAGAGUAGAGUAUGAGCCUUUGGUUGCAUGCUCUUCUUGUUUAGAUGUUUCUGGGAAAACUGCUCUAAAUCAAGCUGUAUUGCAACUUGGAGGACUUACUAUAAACAAUUGGACAGAAGAAUGUACUCACCUUGUCAUGGUAUCAGUUAAAGUUACCAUUAAAACAAUAUGUGCACUCAUUUGUGGACGUCCAAUUGUAAAGCCAGAAUAUUUUACUGAGUUUCUUAAAGCAGUUCACUCCAAGAAACAGCUUCCACAAAUUGAAAGUUUUUACCCACCUAUUGAUGAACCAGCUAUUGGAAGUAAAAACAUAGAUCUGUCAGGACGACAAGAAAGAAAACAAAUCUUCAGAGGGAAAACAUUUGUAUUUCUAAAUGCCAAACAGCAUAAAAAAUUAAGCUCAGCGGUUGUUUUUGGAGGAGGAGACGCUAAACUGGUAACAGAAGAAAAUGAAGAAGAAGAUAGUUUCUUUUCAGCGCCUGGAACUUGUGUUGUUGAUGUAGGAAUAACAAAUACACAGACCUUAAUUCCUGACUCUCAGAAAAAAUGGAUUCGUUCAGUUAUGGAUAUGCUCCAAAGACAGGGUCUUAGACCUAUUCCUGAAGCAGAAAUUGGAUUGGCAGUUAUUUUCAUGACUACAGAGAAUUACUGUGAUCCCCAGGGCCAGCCCAGUACAGGAUUGAAGACGACAACUCCAGGGCCAAGUCUUUCCCACGACUUAUCAGUCAGUGAAAAACUAAGGCCAAGUGUCCCAGUGGAUGCCAUGACAUAUGUAGCUGACACAGAAUCAGAGCAAGCAGAUACAUGUAUGGAUUUGAGUGAAAGGCCAGAAGGAAUCAAAAUCUCCAGAAUGGAAGAAAAAUUCAGAUUGCCUUCUCAAAAAACAUUCACUGCAAAGGAACCCUCCAAAAUAAGCUCUAACAAUAAUAAAAAUGUAGUAUCAAAUACUCUGGUAAGGAUGAAAAUCCCAAGCUAUCAUCUUUCACCAGCUAAACUCCCAGACGUAAAUAAAAGUAGAGAUCAGGCUUUUCAGCAGAAGACCAACUCCAUCAAGAAUUACUUUCAGACGUCUACCAAAAAAAGGGAAAGGGAUGAAGAAAAUCAAGGAAUUUCUUCAUCUAAAUCAGCAAGAAUAGAAAUGUCCUGUUCUCUUUUAGAACCAACACAACCUGCUACACCCUCAAUAUGGAACAAUAAGGAGCAGCAUCUAUCUCAGAAUGAGCCUACUGGAAAAAAAACAGAUAACUUAUUUACAGAUACAGAUUUAAAAUCCACUGUGAACAACUCUGCCAAUAAAUCUCUUUCUAUGGAAAAACCAAGAUCAGAAAAAAGAAAAGAAAUUGAUGAUUUGGUCAUAGAAAAUGAAGUAUUGGAACAGUUAUUCAAGAACACAAAGCCAGAGUUAGAAAUUGCAGUGAAAGUUCCAAAACAAGAGGAUGGUGUCAGUGUUAGAAAAAGACCAAGAUUGGAAAUAGAAACAAAUGGCAUUUUUAAUGAUGAAGUAAUACCAGAAAGUAACAAAGUAUCUGAAGAAGAUGAAAUUGGGAAAAAAUGUGAGCUCAAGAAAGAUUCACUAUGGUCAACUAAAGAACUCUCUAACAGUGAUGAACUUCUGGAUGAUGGUCAGAUGCUUCCAAGGAAGAUGUUACUGACUGAGUUUAGAUCACUGGUGGUCAAUAACUCUACCUCCAGAAAUGCAUCCAGUGUAAGUAAUGAUUAUGGUCAGCUAAAGAACUUCAAGAAAUUCAAAAAGGUCACAUUUCCUGGAGCAGGAAAACUUCCACACAUCAUUGGAGGAUCAGAUCUAAUAGCCCAUCAUACUCGGAAGAAUAGUGAAUUAGAAGAGUGGUUAAAGCAGGAAAUGGAGGUGCAAAAUCAACAUGCAAAAGAAGAAUCUCUUGCUGAUGAUCUCUUUAGAUAUAAUCCUAAUAUUAAAAGGAGAAGAUAACUGAGGAUUUUAUAAAGAAGCCAUGGAAAGACAUUUACUUCAGGUUUCUUUGAUACAUGCAUAUCAUAUAUAGAGAGUUUUAAGUUACAAAUAUUUUAUGGCCUAAAUUGUUAAAUAAAACACACAAAACUUCA